ACCUCUAUGGUCUAGGAACCAGGCGUGUACGCUCCCUGCAGCUGCAUGAGCUACAGUGGAUCUGUGAACGAAUCAUUAUGAAACUUACAAAGGUGGAAGACAUUGAACAGUUUGACAUGGAAUAUGUCUUCCGACCUGUCAAUCAAGUUUUACACUUAAACGGAUUUUACCUUGGAGUGGAGAACAGUAUAUCAUCCAAAUGUGCAUUUAUAUUUCUCGCACUUAUCUGUAAGGGUCUUGUCGUGUUCAAUGUUAUCAGAUAUUGCUCUAUAUUCGUUGUGGAGACGAAACUGGAUGGUAACUUGAUGUCAUCCCUGGCGGUAUUAGCGUUCUACGUGUAUGCUGUAUACCUAUCCUUGGCUCUGACAUUUGCCAUUCCAAAACAUUUCGGAAGAUUUCAAGAACUAAUUCGGGAAUAUGUAUCGGAGUAUGGUGCCUCUCCAUAUUUGAUGACACUAAAACGUAGAGUAUGUACAUUUGCUAUAGUUUGCAAGCUGUUGUAUCUGAGUUUCAUGGUCAGUACAACGAUUGGCCUAAGCAAUGUGUUUCCAACACUGGAACGUCAUCUGACUCCAUUUAACGGCUAUCAAGGGGCAACUAAAAUCGUCUUGCUGGUAUUAUACGUAAUUAUACUUAUUGUUGUGAGCUCACAGAUGGUUUCGGCUCUCGUUUUGUUCAACACAACCACGAUGUGUCUGAUCAAGGAAUUCCGGACACUGUCCAAGAAACUUGAAGAGGAUAUGGACAAAUUUGAAAGCAUCUUUGGUCAGUUUUGUCAGAGGCACAAACGUCUGUCCUUGAUAUCGGAUGAAGGGAACGCUAUAAACAGCCAUUUUGCAUUUGCUACAUAUAUGUUUGGAAUACCAAUCAUAUGUUUUCUUCUCUUUGGACUUAUCCGAGGAUCGUUGCCAUACGAUGAGUUGUUGUUUUGUUCUGGGAACCUCCUCAGCAUCACAGCUCUGAUGAUCCUGGUGACUGUCCUAGGGUUUGUUCUCAACGAUUCGGCAAACGAACCCCUGCAACACAUAUUCCGCUCCAACUGGGCGUCUUAUUCCGAGGAGACUAUUCAGAAGAUCUCUCUGUUCGUGGCAAGGCUGUCUUCGGAAAAGGUCGGCUAUUCUGUCUAUGGUUUGUUCACGAUCGACAGAUCCACAAUUUUAAUGGUAGUGGGUACGAUCCUGACGUACGCUGUGGUGGUGCUCCAGGUGCAGCCUGAUUCUGGAGCCACGUGUAACACGUGCUUCAACAACCUUAACCUCACACAGCUCUGUUCAUAGGACAUUUUCAACCUGACUGUGACGUACGGUACCAGUCUACCUAUAUUGUCAACCGCACACAGCUCUGUUCAUAUGACCGUCCUGGCAGUGUAGCUGCAUGUGACGAGAAGUGACAUGUCAUCCACAAUGUUAACCUCACACAACUCUGUUGAUAGAACAUUUACGAUGCGGUACCUGAAUGUGAAGAGCGCCGCGGGUCCAUCUAUAUUGUCAAUCUCUCACAGCUCUGUUCCUAGGUCCGUGCAGGAGCUGCGUGUGACGAGCGGUGCCUAUCAACCAACAAAGUCAACUGCAAACAGCUCUGUUCCUAGGUCCGUGCAGGAGCUGCGUGUGACGAGCGGUGCCUAUCCACCAACAAAGUCAACUGCAAACAGCUCUGUUCCUAGGUCCGUGCAGGAGCUGCGUGUGACGAGCGGUUCCCAUCCAUCCAAAAGACAUCCACAACCAGACCAUAAUAGCUCUCUUCCUAUGGUCGUUCUGACAGCAUAGCUGCUUGAGGCGGACGGUACCGACGCAUGUCAGCUUCAUACAGCUCUGAUCCACAAAGCGUUCUUAACGUUACGACUUAUCGUAACUCUAUCCUAUAUCUUUCGCUUACGAAAAUGUAGUGCUACGAACGCUUUGCGGAUCAGGACCCUGUUCCUUUGACCGUUUAGGAUCUAGGAUGUGACGACUGGGCUUUUUCCACAAAUCAAACUGCAAUACAUGUCCUAAGACAGUUCUAACCCAGAUGAUGUCAGAUGCCAGCAGCUGGUGAAAGGAAGCUAAUUGUUGUUGUUAGCUCUGUGAUUCCCUCAUCGUAUCCUUUAUAUCAUCUUCCGUCCUGAUGACCACACUAUUACCAUUGUAACUUCACAAUGUCUGUCAUGUCUUAGACACAGUUCCAUGUAAGCCAUCUCGACUCCUGUACCAUCAUCAGCUUGUACAAAGACAAUGUUUCCUGUUCUUGCGAACUCAGUGAUAUCUUGUUGUUGUUGUUGUUAUGACCAUCAUAGGUUUACCGUGGUCUGUUUUCAGUGUGUUUAUUCUAUCAGAAGGAACAUGACAUAUUCCAGCUUGGCAACUUUGUUAUCGAAUCUUAGCCAGGCAAACAUGUGAAACUCAAUCAGACAGGACACUGAGUCUGACAACUCGAUCCAAUAGAAUCCCCCCACAGAGACUAGAACACUGAUGAAUCUGGGACAAACGGAUUGUUCGCCA